AUGAAAGUAUUAUCCCCAAACAACGAGGGAUUCAUGUUUCAUGCUGGCAGUAGCGCCAUGAUUGAUACCUCUAAUGACACAUAUGGAGCUAUAAUAUACGGAUACAAUGAGACAGAAGUUCUGCUCUGGAGACCAUCCCCGACAAAUACAAAUGGACAUUUGGUUUACGUGGGUGGAAAGUGGGGUUACGGGCAAAGUUAUCAAGAAAGUGACGUUGUAGAAGUCCUCGUUAAAGUUAUUGACAUAACAGGCACGCCUUGCAGUAAUACGGAACUAUGCUCGCCUGAUUGGUCACAGACAAGAUGCGUAUCUACAGAUUGUCCAAUCCCUCUUGACAUUGCCAAUGCAUAUAGACUAUAUGAUGGAGUAACUAAUGGUAGCAAAGCACUGUACGCUUGUAAGACUGGGUUCACUGAAAGUUCUGAUGACGUCAUAAUUAAGUGUAUAGAGGGCACAUGGUCUAAGUCAGCAAUGUUCUGUAAAGUUGUUUGUCCAUCACCUCCCGCUGUUGAAAAUGCAGCAGCUCUUGUGCAGGACAAUAGAGCAAAAUAUUUCUGCUUAACGGGAUAUUUCACAAUGAAAAAUACAGUUGACGUUAUUGAAUGCAGAAACAGUAUCUGGCCGUCCACUGACUUUAAAUGUAUAAAAUCUUGCCCUGAUCCACCAACCAUUGCUAAUGCUGACGUCAUGGUCUCCAAUAAUGUUGCUCUAUACUCCUGUCGUCAGGGAUUUCUUCCGAAAUCUGGAACCAGCUCAAUAAACUGCUCACUUUCUGAGUGGCAGAAAACAAACUUUACCUGCUAUG